AUGGAGCGUCUGAAGUUAGUCCUGCAGUACUUCCAGUCCAACUCUGAGUCCAUCUCUAAUGGAAUAUGUAUCAUCCUGGCCUUGGUCAGCGUCAAGCUCUACACCAGCUUUGACUUUAACUGCCCAUGCCUUCCUCAGUACAACAAAAUGUACUCUCUGGGAGUGAUGAUCGUCCCACCAAUCAUACUGUUCUUCCUGGGGGUCCUGGUCAACAGACAUACGGGCGUCAUGAUGGAUGAGUGGAUGAGACCCAUGGGGAACCGAUCCAAAAAUCCUGCUGUGGUUAAGUACCUGUUCUCAGCCAUGAUCCAGAGGGCCCUGCUGGCACCGAUGGUGUGGAUCUUGGUCACUUUGCUGGAUGGAAAGAUCUUCAUCUGUGCCUUCAGUGUUAGUGUAGACCCUGCACUCUUCUCGGGUUUACCCAAUAAUACAGGUCUGGAUGUGAUCAAAAUCAUGGCCAAAGUGCCUUGUAAGGAGGACAUUAUCUUCAAGAACAGCUCUUUCCGCAAAGCAGUCUCCCGUUAUGUCCGCUGCUAUUCACAAGCAGUUGGCUGGUCCAUCCUUCUCUUCCUGAUUGUACUGGGAGCAAUGGGACGUCUCAUCAAGCCCUGUUUCGAUGACCACGCCACCUUCCUGCAGACGCGCUACUGGAGCAACUACCUCGACGUGGAGCAGAAGCUCUUUGACGAAACCUGCGUCCUGCAUGCUCGUGACUUUGCCCGGAAAUGCGUGGUGCAGUUCUUUGAGGACAUGAGGGAGGAUGCCAUUCUCCGUCUUCCCCACCCGCUCUUCAUCGCGAACUCCAAAGAGGAGUGGGAGGAUGAAGAAGAAGAGAGACUUCAUGGGGUAUCAAAGCAGGAACAGGUGAACCAGCUGCUCAACAAGUGGUACUACAAUAAACCUGAACUGGACGUCACCAGGAUGGCCCACAGACCCAGGAUGUGUGUUACCUGGGAGGACCGUGAUGGGAAGACUUUAUACUCUGAUGUCUAG